AUGCACUUCUUUGUCCUCAUUUGUCUGGCUGCCCUAGCCAAUGCACAGACUUCCGAGGUUACUACCGCGACCACAACUGACGUGACUACUGCUGCAACGACUACCCUUGCUGAUUCGACUACGGUUGCUGGUACGACCACGGUUGCUGGUACGACCACGGUUGCUGGUACGACCACGGUUGAUGGAAGAACUCCCACGGUUGAUGGAACAACUCCCACGGUUGCUGUUACGAUAUCCGCUGUAGUCACAACUGCGCUUCCUGUCACUGAGAAUCAGGCUACGACUGUGCCCUCCACCACUGCUUCUGAAGUCACAUCCACUCCCAUUCAAUCGACUACUGCAUCGACUUCUUCCAGCUUCGCUACCAACAUUGCCGUGAGUACGAGCACGCCUACCGUCGCCGCUGACGUUGCCACCACCAGUGCCGAAGCGGAGGUUCAGAUAACUGCGGUGUCCACCACAGGUCUACGUAGCACAACGGUGGCAUCCUCGACCACAGUGAUUCAAACGACGACAACCUGCACAGUACCGAAUCCUAGUGACUGGGACUCGCGCAACCGAGUCCCCAAGGAGAUGAACUCGAUAAACGCGCAUAAAAUUUUUCUCGGAAUGAAGCUUUAUAUAACUACAAUUAUCGAGAAAUUGAUGUGGCAAUAA